AUGGAUAAUUUUCAGCCUAUGGUUAACACCCAGGUUAUGGGUGAAAACACAGAGGUCACGAAUGGAAAUAUGUUUUCAAACAUGGCUGCUACUCCUAUCAGAGUCUCUAGAAACGAGUCCAGUGGGUUAGUUGAUUUUUCUGGUUUCACUGCUACCUCGACUAGCUCUGUUGCUUCUACACUAGCUAAGUUGAAUAUUUUCCAAAACUUACCAAAAGAAACUUCAAAAGGUGUUGAUGGAUUAAGUAGAAUGAAGAUGUCGGUGCAAAGCAAUCUUCCAGAAGAGAUCAAAUGGGGGUUGAAAAAAUAUCUGGCCUAUAGUAACAAAGCUCCGUAUUUAAUUAGUUUAAAGGACAUGCCAGAUCUAUUACCAAUAUUUAAAGCAUUUAUCCAAUCAAUGGUACCAAUUGUGGAUAACUUUGAUAAGCCGAUAACAAUCAAUGCCAAGGAUGAGGUAAGUAAUGCUGAUCCAUUGACAGUUUUGCAGUUUGGUUUGAACUCAUUGUUGAUUUUAAGAAACUUAGCUCAAGAUACAGACUCAGUUCAAGUUUUAGUUAAAGAUAGUUCCAUCAAGGAAUUCAUAUUGUUUAUUUUAACAAAAUAUGAAACUUUAUUUAUAAACAAAGAUACAGAAAAACAGAUUUACCAUUCAAACGUAUCAUUCGCUAAUGAGUUGAUUCAUUACGUUUUAGAUAUAAUGGAAGCAGUUUCCUCCUACAUGGCUCCAGCUAAACUGGAUGAUCCAUUUUUUAAAUCAUUGAUCACAUUGUUAAAUUACACGAAAGAUAGAUACUUGGUUAUCUCUAUCCUUAGAUCCCUGUCUCGAUUACUUGUUAGGUCAAAAUCGGAUGAAUUAAGUGCCGCUGAGAAUUUAGAUGAAAAGAGCUUGUCUGCAAUUGUCUCAUUUUUAUUAAUUGAUUGUGAUAUCGAAUUGGUUACAGCUUCGUUGGAUUUCUUAUAUCAGUAUAUUUUACCAGGAAACGAAAGAAUAAGUAAACUAAUAAAUGAUCCUAUCAGAAUGACUCAAUUAUCAGCCAUAUUACCAAAAUUAUUAACUAGUAAUAUACCACUCCCAAAUUAUGAACAAAUUGAUAAUCAUGAAAUUAGAUUAAUCAAACGUUUAAAGCCAGCACCACCAAAAGAUGCUCCACCUAUCGAUGACAAAUUAUUCAACGAAUUGAUUGCGAUCCAAGAACCAUUAAGGUCUAUUAUGUGGUUAAGAUGUUGUUUUGAACCAAUUAAUGAAGCAGAAGUAACUCAAAUUACCUUGUGGAGAACAUAUGAAGCAAAAUUUUCACUGGCUGUACGUGAAAAGACUGGUAAAAAGCUACUACCAGCUGUUGAAUUUAUCAAAAAUGUUUCUAAUGCUUUCAGUAAUGCAUCUGCAAUGGUGAUAACAGACCCUGCCACUAGUAAAAAAAGAUUUGUAAUUAAAGGUAUACAACCUCGUUUCACUUCUUUGAGCUUAAGGGAAGCCGAGGAAGAACAUGCUAAAAGAAUUACAAAUUCAUCUUCUGAUAUUAAGAAAUCUGUCAAUAAUAAUAUAACUGAAGAAGAUGACACAAUAAAACCUGUAGAGCAAAACGUCUUACCGGAACUCGUAUUCCCACAAAAAUUAUCUGAUAUAUCUAAUGCUACCGCAACAUUCCUUUGCUUGUUAUCUAACGACACAAAGGGACAUGGUUUACAAUUUUGUCAAAGCAUUAAACCAUUGAUUAUACAUAAAUUAGUUAACGUUCCUCCUUUAACUACAGCUCUGUCAGAAUAUAUGGAAAAUACGAAGUUAUUAUGA